UUAGCGCCAAAGCUUGAGCUGCACACACACACAACAGUAAACAUGGAGUUAGCUCGGAAAAUCAAGAAUAAAGUUACUGCAGGAUUCAAUAUGCGAGGCCUCAUGCUCCGCCCUGAGGCGAGCAGGUACCUGGUGGAGGUGCUGGAGUCUGUGGACAUGUCAGAACUGGAUGAUGUCAUCGAGAGGGUGCUGGACGCAGUGGAGAAGCAGCCGCUGUUGUCCAGUAUGAUCGAGCUGUCGGUGCUGGAGAGUGCAGUGCAGGAUUGUACACAGUCCUGUAAUGAAGCCAUAGACAACGUGUUUAACAUCAUCGGAGCAUAUGACAUACCAAGAUAUAUUUACAGUGUAGAGCGGAAGAAGUUUAUACCCCUGAAGAUGACGAGCCACCCCUCCCCUAGCCUGUGUGGACAGGCCCGAGACAAAGCCGAACUGUUCAGAGAGCGCUACACCAUCUUACAACAACGCACACAUAGACAUGAGCUGUUCACUCCUCCGGCCAUCGGCGCUGUGGUGGAAGAGGGACAGAACAAGUUUCAGCUGAAAACCAUAGAGGCUCUUCUGGGCAGCACGGCCAAACUGGGAGAGGUCAUAGUCCUGGGCAUGAUCUCACAGCUCAAGGAGGGUAAAUUCUACCUGGAGGACCCCAGCGGGACGGUGCAGCUCGACAUGUCCAAAGCACAGUUUCACAAUGGGCUAUACACAGAGUCCUGCUUUGUUCUGGCAGAAGGCUGGUAUGAAGAUGGAGUGUUUCACGUCAAUGGUGUGGGCUUUCCUCCAACAGAACCCUCCUCUGCCACCAGGGCAUAUUACGGUGACAUCAACUUCUUCGGUGGCCCUUCUAACCUGUCAGUGAAGGCCUCUGCUAAACUGAAGCAGCUGGAGGACGAGAACGAGGACGCUAUGUUUGUGCUGGUGUCCGACGUGUGGCUGGACAGUGUCGAGGUCAUGGACAAGCUCAACCUCAUGUUCUCUGGAUAUGCCACGAUGCCUCCCACUUGUUUCAUUUUUUGUGGAAACUUCUCUUCAGCUCCUUAUGGAAAGACACAAAUCAAAUCACUCAAAGAAUCCCUAAAGGCUCUCGCUGAUGCCAUAUGUUCCUACCCCAGCAUUCACAGUGGGAGUCGCUUUGUGUUUGUCCCUGGCCCUGAAGACCCUGGUCCUGCCAGUAUCUUGCCGAGGCCUCCUUUGGCUGAUCACAUCACUGAAGAGUUUCGACAAAGGGUGCCCUUCUCUGUCUUCACAACCAACCCCUGCAGGAUUCAGUAUUGCAGCCAGGAGAUAGUCAUCCUGAGGGAGGACAUGGUCAACAAGAUGUGCCGGAACUGUGUGCGGCUGCCCAACAACAACCUGGACAUUCCCAACCAUUAUGUGAAAAGCAUCCUGUCACAGGCCCACCUGGCUCCUCUGCCUCUCUACGUGAGCCCUGUGUUCUGGGCGUAUGACUACUCUCUGCGCGUGUACCCUCUCCCUGACGUCAUCGUGUUUGCAGACAAGUACGACCCCUUCAGCAUCACCAACACAGACUGUCUCUGUGUCAACCCGGGUUCAUUUCCAAGAAGUGGCUUCACAUUUAAAGUGUACUACCCAUCCAGCAAAACUGUGGAAGACAGCAAACUUCAAGAGCUUUAAAAUAACUCUCUGCCUGUAAAUAAAAGUGGUCAUGGACUGUUUUGUAAGCUGUAUUUUGUAUGAGGUUUCACUGUUCACUGUAGUCUUUUAAAUCA